AUGGAUCCAGCAACCGCUCGCAUGGCGCUGAAGCUGCAGCUCGACGAUGUCGACGCAAUACUCAAGGCCUUUCCGCCGAACGAUAUCAACGCAGCGGCAAUGAGCGAGAAAGUUGCGUUCUCGAUGCUUCGUGAGGAGCUCGUCCGCAAGUGGCAAGAAGUCAGCGGCCAGUAUAUCGCGUACAACAUCCUCAAGGAAGAGAAUAACAACCACGCUGCGUUCAAACGCCUUCUUAGCGAGGAGCAACAGGCUGAGCGCGAUCAUGACAUGGCAUGUAGACUCGGGGGAAAGCCUGUGCCACAGCGUGCACCGCCUCCGGCAAACCGUUCUGCAAACGACCAGACCACGGCUCGACAGAACGAAGCCAUCAACGGACCAGCGUCCGCUCUGGGAAAGCUUCGCUUCGAUCUCAGUGGCACCCAGAUUGCUGCAGGGUUGCCCAAGCUACCCGCAUCUCUCAAGCGUGCUGCUGAAGAGCAAUUGACGCUAAAGAUCGAGAAGAAGGCAGCGAGCGAGAGUGUCAUGGCAAGUAAGCAGGCUACUGUGGAGGAAGUUCCUGACGCGGAGGCGCCUCCCCGAGGAACCCUUGAGCCAGGCCCUUCGAAGACGCAGAAGCGCGUUGCGUCUUUGGAUCCUGUUGUCUUGCGAGAACGUGACGAUGGCCGCACAAAGCGACUCAGACAUGAUAUGGAGGGCGGCGGCGUAGCAUCCAGGCUCUAUACCGCUGCAGCGACCAAGUCUGUAUUAGAGACAGAAAAGGCCGCUGACAAGGUCAGCGCUGUCUCCAGAGGCACCUGCUCAUCCUGUCUUGAUAUGCACCCCAUGCAUGAUAUGCUGCAGCUUCCUUGCAAAGACGACGAUGAGCCUGAGAAUCACGCAUACUGCCGAGACUGUCUCCAACGUCUUUUCCAGUCCUCGGUCACCGAUCCUUCGCACUUCCCGCCACGCUGCUGCAACAGAAUCAUUCCCUUGUUCAGCUGCACGCCGUUCCUGACUCAGCCUUUGAUAGCCAAAUUUGUUGAGAGACGUGAGGAGCUGGGCACCUCCGACCGAACUUAUUGUAGCAACAAUAAGUGUUCGAAGUGGGUGCGACCUGCCGACAUCCAGGCCAACGUGGGUACCUGUGCAGACUGUAAAGAGAAAACCUGCGCCACGUGCAAGGGCAAGCAACAUGGUGGCUUGUGUCCCGAAGAUAAAGACGUUAAGGAGCUAAUGUCCUUCGCCAAGGAGAAGCGCUGGCAGACAUGUCCGAACUGCAAGGAGAUGGUAGAGCUAGAGCGAGGUUGCUAUCACAUCACGUAG